CUCUGAGUCUCACCUUUGCCUGCGCACAAAACUGCAUUCUUCAUCUUACUCUAAUCGCAGCGUCCACUUUGUUGGUUUCAGAAGUAGGAAGGACAAAAGGAAGCAUUGCAUCCUGUCAAGCAGCAGAGGCGAUUAGUCGCGGGUUAGCCGCCUGUCAUUACUGCAGUGUCUGCGCAAGAGUGCUUCGAAAUCUCUCAUAGUAGCACGCGUUCUGCUUUAUCUGGUGCAUCGUCUUUGUUGCAUGUUAGCAACAUUUCGGAGCAGAGGUCGGAUCACGUCACAGCUCUUGAACGAGCCACUGCAAGUAUCACCUCAAAAAGCUUUACCUAAAAGAUUGUAGCGGGAUCCGCGUGCCCUAAUCAGCUGGGCAAGACGCAUUCGAUGCUUUUUAACCCAAAGUGAACGUCAAUACAAGCACUUUCCUCGGUGCAUUGUACUUUGCACGGUCACCAUGACGGAGGCUGCGAUCCGAGGCCGGAAGGGCAUGUCCAGCGUAAAGGACAUGCCGCUUCUUCAGGACGGGCCUCCCCCGGGUGGUUUUCCUGGGGUGCGGUACGCUCGCAGGAUCCCAAAUACAGGUCCCCAUGGAUACACGGUAUUUGGCAUUGGUGCCGUGGCUAUCAUGUGGGGGUUCUACCAAGUGGGCCAAGGCAACAAGAUCAGAGCAGCUUACAAAAUGGAAAAGUUGAGCGCGCGCUACGCAGUGGUCCCCUUCCUACAAGCAGAAGAAGAUGCUCGGUUUGUCCAUGCUAAGCAACGGCAGAUUGAAAAUGAAGCAAAGAUCAUGAAGGACGUUCCCGGUUGGGUGCCUGGCGAGAGCGUCUACAACACGAAACGGUGGAUCCCCCCACCAAAGCCCAUUGGAAUCAUGCAUCAGUAGGCGGCUUCACUUGCUCAGCAAAGUCACUCAACGAUUUGCAUUUAGCUGAUAUGCUGCAGUGUUUCCUAUCUCCUGGGCGCGCACAUUGAUGCUUCAAAGGCAGUUGUGCAUGCAAAAGAGUGUUCGUCGGUGGAUCUGUUGUCGUUGCAGUACGUUUUCUGCCGGCACACAAUAAGUCCUUUAAGCAGGCGGACAGGCAAGUGUGUUACUGCACUCGCUCGUUUUGGAAAUUGGUGCAGAGCGUCCCUGCCACACUGCCAACCGAUGUCAUAGUGCUGUCAAUUGUUGUAUCCACUUUGUAUUUUGUGAUGAACCUUGUAAGCACGCUUCGUGUCUUGAAUAUCAUAGUAUGCAU